AUGACUCGACAGUUGGAGAAACCCAAUGCACCACUACUGUGUGGUAGCAUCACUGAUUCCUUUGCAUACUUGACUAUCAAGGACCGUAUGCCAGUAAUUCUUACAAAGAUUCUGGAUCAGUUUGCUCGCAUGCAGUAUAAAGGACUUGAUGGCAAGACUGUACAUUUUAGUCCUGAUCAGCUUGCUCAACUCAAAGAAAUCACGUUUGAUAUCUCAGAGCUCAAGUACAACAUGGUGCGUGAUCGCCCAUUAACACCCAUUUCUUCUCAUUCACCAAGCGAUUGGACUGAAUCUGCUGUUGCUAGUCUAACAGCAGAUUCCAAUGUAUGGAAUGCUGCCAUGGAAGAGCUUGGUGAUGCAUUGGCAUGCACUUGGUUUCAAGCUCCUUGGCUCUUUGUCGAAUGUUACAUGUAUCGAGCAUUAAGACAGAUUAUUACUGCAAGAAAUGCCUGGACGGAUUUUGAUGUGUUUGCACAAGACAAGCAGACUUCAUUGAUUGGAUCGAUCCAGUCUAUUCUGCAAUUGUCGACUACUUUGGGAACCAAAACGAAUGGAAUCGACUCGGAUCUAAUGCGAGAGCUCAUACAGACUGAUUUGUCACUUUUAGUGCAUGCUAAGCAUGAUGAUCUUCACAAAUUGCAAGUAUCUGGAAAGAAUCAGUUGGCAGCUGUUUGUAACAAUAUCAUUGUCAAUGACAUUGAUCGUGUCAUUGGAAAGAUCCAAUCCGUUCAUACGGGAGACGUCGUGUUUGUACUCGAUAAUGCUGGAUUUGAACUUUUUGCGGAUCUUUGUAUGGCAGAUCACUUGACUCUUUCAACUGACUGUCGAAUUGUCUUUCAAGUCAAGCAGUAUGGAUGGUUUGUGAGCGAUACUACCAUUUCUGAUUUUCACCAAACUCUCGAUGUGUGCCAAACUCAAGCUGAAAUACAUGGGUGUGCCAUUUUAAUGGAGGCUGUCUCUCGUUGGCGACUGUGGUUGAAGAAUGGGAGGUGGAUACUUGAACAAGAUCCGUUUUGGACUACGCCAUUUCCGUUUUGGAGGAUGCCAGAUAAGGCAUGCGUUCUGUUGCAAACACUAAGCGAUGCCAAGUUUAUUUUUUUCAAAGGAGAUUUGAACUAUCGCAAGAUGGUACACGAUGCUUCAUGGCCAACAACGACAACUCUUGAGGAAGCAAUAGGCCCGCUUGCCAAAACUCAGAUUGCUCCGUUUGUUUUACUGAGAACAUGCAAAAGUGAUACUAUUGUUGGACUUGUAGAGGGACAAGCAGAGAAGCUAACUGAAAUAGAUGCCAACUGGAUGGUCAAUGGCAAGUUUGGUGUGAUCCAAUAUCACGAAUAA